CCUGCCUCCACCCUCCUUGCCUUUCUCUCGCUCGCUCGGGGAGAGCACUGUGCCUCCUUUCCCAGAUGGCAGCCGGCAGCGCCAUGCAGCCUCCUGUUCCUCCUCCUCCUCUCCCUCCUCUUCGGCUCUAAGUUAAUGCCAUGCUGCCGCUGCUCUUCCCGGCACUGCUGGCCGCCUGCCUGCCGCCCUGCCAGGGCUGGAGCCCCUCGGCGGCUGCCAGCGGGCAGGAGGAGCAGGAGCAGGAGCUCUUCUUGCCCCCUGCCAACUCCUCCUCCCGUUCCUUGGCCAGCCUCGAGAUGGACCUCGACGGGGCAGCGAGCAAGGAGGAAGGCAGCACCGACAGCCCGGGCACGCCGGCUGCCCCCAGCCGAGAGCCUUUCCCUUCCGCUCCCACCAUCUCCGGGCAGGAGCAGCCGGGGCAGGAGCAGCAGCAGCGUCCCCAGCCGCAGGGGCACCCGCGUCCCCAGCCGCAGGGGCAGCCGCAGCCCGCCGAGGACCCGCACUGCAACAUCAGCGUGCAGCGGCAGAUGCUGAGCUCGCUGCUGGUACGCUGGAGCCGCCCGCUGGGCAUCCAGUGCGACCUCCUGCUCUUCUCCACCAACAGCCACGGGCGGGCCUUCUUCUCCGCCGCCUUCCACCGCCCCCGGCUGCAAGGGGAGCCGCUGAAUUUCUGCUGCCUGGAUUUCAGCCUGGAGGAGCUGAAGGGUGAGCCGGGCUGGCGCAUGAACCGUAAGCCCAUCGAGUCCACCUUGGUGGCGUGUUUCAUGACUCUGGUCAUCAUCGUGUGGAGCGUGGCCGCCCUCAUCUGGCCCGUGCCCAUCAUUGCCGGAUUCCUGCCCAACGGCAUGGAGCAGCGCCGCGGCACCACCGCCGGCACGGCCGCCGCCGGCACCGCCAAUUAGCCGCUCCCGGUGACCCCCCCUUCCCUUCGUCCUGUGCUGUGGAGGGACGCGGGACGGACUCCGUCGUGUUUUUCUUGUUUGCAGCGUGCCACAGGUGCGCGGCGGGACGUGGGGCCGCCUCAGCGCCCGGCCCGGCCCCGAGGGGACCAAAUCAUAUGUGCGCGUUUUAUAUCUUUAAUACCCGUUUUAAACGAGCCUUUUAGUAAAAAAGAAAACAACAAAAAAAAGCCCCAACCACCAA